AUGACUGAAGAGCCAAAUGAAAUAAUUUCUUCUCCUAUUGCUCAAAUCGAACCUGAAUCAAUGCUACAACAAAAUUCAUCUUCGAAUAUAACUGAAGAACAAAAUCAAAUAAUUUCUUCUCCUAUGGCUCAAAUCGAACCUGAAUCAAUGCUACAACAGAAUGUAUCUUCGAAUAUGACUGAAGAACAAAAUCAAAUAAUUUCUUCUCCUAUUGCUGAAAUCAAGCCAGAAUUAAUAUCACAACAGAAUGUAUUUUCGAAUAUAACUGAAGAACAAAAUCAAAUAAUUUCUUCUCCUAUUGCUCAAAUCGAACCUGAAUCAAUGCUACAACAAAAUUCAUCUUCGAAUAUAACUGAGGAACAAAAUCAAAUAAUUUCUUCUCCGAUUGCUCAAAUCGAACCUGAAUCAAUACCACAACAGAAUGCAUCUUCGAAUAUGGCUGAAGAACAAAAUCAAAUAAUUUCUUCUCCUAUGGCUCAAAGCAAACUGGAAUCAAUGGUACAACAAAAUUUAUCUUCUAAUAUAAUUGAAGAACAGAAUCAAACAAAUUCCUGUCCUAUUCCUCAAAUCAAUUUAACGUCAAAUACUCAAGCAGGCAAUAAUACAGAAUAUUUAUGUAAUCUAACUUCUAUUCCAAUCUACAGACUUGAAAAACGACGUCCACUACAUCCUCAACCUCGAUGGACUCAAAAGAAAACAUAA